AUGUUUUCCAGACAUGGUCCGGCUUCCUACCCAUUUAUUGGGUGCCUGAUCUCAUUCUACAAGAACCGCUUCCGGCUCUUGGACUGGUACACUGAGCUCUUGGCCCAGUCACCCGCGAAAACGAUCGUGGUGCAACGCCUAGGUGCACGGCGGACUGUCAUUACAGCAAACCCCGACAACGUUGAAUACAUGCUCAGAACCAACUUCUCUAAUUUCCCUAAAGGUAAGCCUUUCACUGAGAUCCUCGGCGACCUUCUGGGCUACGGCAUAUUCAAUGUGGAUGGGGAGCUAUGGCGAACUCAGCGAAAGUUAGUGAGCCAUGAGUUCACGACCAAAUCCCUGCGGGAGUUCGUGGUGAAGACGCUGGUGGAAGAGGUGGAAGAGCGGCUGCUGCCCUUAUUGGAGUCGGCUUCGGCGAAUAAUAAGGUGGUCGACAUGCAGGAGCUGCUAAGGAGGUUCGCGUUCGACACGGUUUGCAAGGUGUCGUUAGGGAUGGACCCUGGUUGCUUGGACGCCUCACUGACCAUAUCGCCUUUGGCGAGAGCAUUCGACGUAGCGUCAGAGAUAAGCGCCAGACGCGCAGCGGCGCCUGUUUUUGCCGUCUGGAAGAUUAAGCGACUGUUGCGCAUGGGCUCCGAGUGGCAACUCAAGCAAGCUAUCGAAGACGUACACAGAUCCGUUGAGGAGAUAAUUCGAGACAAGAAGAAGAAGAUUUCUGCGGGAGAAAGCAGAGGAGAACACGACAACGGAGAUCUCUUGUCGAGGCUAAUAUCAGCCGGGCACGACGACGAUGUGACCAGAGACAUGGUCAUAAGCUUCAUAAUGGCGGGAAGGGACACAACAUCGGCGGCAAUGACGUGGCUCUUCUGGUCGCUUUCCCGACACCCCAAUACUGAAAAAGAGGUGGUGAAGGAAGUAGUCACGGCACUUGGCAACGACGAGCCGAAAUCAUUGGAUUACGAAGCUCUGAAAGACUUGCCAUUGUUGAAAGCUUGCCUCUGCGAGUCCAUGAGGCUUUAUCCUCCGGUGGCCUGGGACUCGAAGCACUCCGUCCGGGCUGACACCCUGCCGGAUGGCACGAAGGUCGGAGUUGGGGACAGGGUGACAUACUUUCCGUAUGGGAUGGGGAGGAUGGAAAGCUUGUGGGGAAAGGAUCGAUUGGAGUUCAAGCCAGACCGCUGGUUUCUGGAGCCGGACAAGGAAGGCGGAGCUCUGAAGGAGGUAUCCCCGUACAAGUUCCCGGUGUUUCAAGCGGGGCCGAGGGUGUGCUUGGGGAAGGAGAUGGCUUUUAUUCAGAUGAAGUAUGUGGUGGCGUCGAUAUUGAGGCGGUUUGAACUGAGGCCGGUGGCUUCGGAGCGGAAGCCGGUUUUUGUGCCUCUGCUCACGGCACACAUGGCCGGGGGGUUCAAUGUCAAUGUGGUGGUCCGACAAAGGGCUGGGCGGACUAUCCGUCAUGAACAAAGUUAGGGUUUACGUUUACCCACGAUUUGGUUAUUAGCUAGAUGCUUGCGUUAUACUCAGACUCGGUAAAACACCAUAAAGUGAGGAUGUUGAGUUGAUGGUGAUUUGAUGAGCUCUGGAUCCAUUAAAGACUUUGUUGUCGAUGAUACCAAAAAACGUUAUUUCCUAAUUCGGUAAUUCCUAGUUUAUUUCUUAUUCAGGCGAAUUCAGGGCUCGUAUAGUACAGUCUACAGUGCAGAUCAGAAGCUCGUAUCAGAAGGACUGAAAGAGAGAGACAUAUGUGAAAAGUACAAAGUAGUUUAUACUGUUGUAAUAUGAGGCGAGUAUUGGGUUGUGAACUUGUGAUAUUGAUUAAUCAUGGUACAACCCACUUGA